AUAGAAUUGGCCCAAGGGCAUUUUAGUAAUUCCACAUUCCCGGAAAACGGUAGAAUCUAGAACGGAGAUGCUACCGUCUCUGGGUGCUUCGCCAAAUUUGAAAUCACAGCUCACGAAAUCGCGCCACGUUGCCUCACGUGGCCCUCUUUCCUUCUACACCCAAAUACCAUCAAAACCAAAUCUCCUUUUUCUUCUCUAACUUCUUCUUUUUUAUUUUCUUUUUAAUUUUAAUUCUUUUUUUGGGUUUUUGUUUUUUAAUUUUAUUUAUUUUUUAAUUAUAAAUCUUCUUCUUCGUGUUCAUAAGACCGUAAUUCUGGUACCAAUCGCUAUAAAUAGUUCUCUGUGUCAUUCUUCGGUUGUUGCGAUCCGAGUAAACGGUUUCAAUAUUAGCUUCUGAUAAUUCGUUUUCUUCUUCUUCUUCUUUGGUUUCUUCGAAGUUUUUCUUUCAUGGCGAAGAGUAUACUUGUCACUGGUGGAGCUGGCUACAUCGGUAGUCACACCGUGCUACAGCUUUUGCUUGGUGGAUUUAAGACCGUCGUCGUUGAUAAUCUAGACAACGCUUCUCAAAUCUCUAUUGACCGAGUCAAAGAACUCGCUGCUGAUUUUGGCCAUAACCUUUCCUUUCAUAAGCAGAUAGACCUCCGUGACAAACCAGCUCUUGAGAAAAUAUUUUCUGAAACAAAAUUUGAUGCUGUCAUACAUUUUGCCGGACUGAAGGCAGUUGGUGAAAGCGUGAAAGAGCCACUGCGUUACUAUAACAACAAUUUAAUUGGGACAAUUACUCUAUUGGAAAUUAUGGCUGCCCAUGGAUGCAAGAAGCUUGUCUUCUCGUCUUCAGCGACAGUUUAUGGUAGUCCAAAGGAGGUUCCAUGCACAGAGGAGUUUCCCAUUGGUGCAGUCAAUCCAUAUGGACGAACUAAGCUUUUUAUUGAGGAAAUCUGUCGUGACAUAUACCAGUCAGACUCAGAAUGGAAAAUUAUAUUGCUCAGAUAUUUCAAUCCCGUUGGAGCACACCCUAGUGGAUAUAUUGGUGAGGAUCCCCGCGGAAUUCCAAACAACCUGAUGCCAUUCGUGCAGCAAGUUGCUGUUGGGAGGCGACCAGCCUUGACAGUGUAUGGAAAUGAUUACAGCACAAAAGAUGGAACUGGGGUACGUGACUACAUUCACGUUGUUGACUUAGCCGAAGGACACAUUGCUGCAUUGCAGAAACUCGGUGAUGCAAAAAUAGGUUGUGAGGUGUACAAUCUGGGAACUGGAAAAGGAACGUCGGUGUUGGAGAUGGUUGCAGCAUUUGAAAAGGCAUCCGAAAAGAAAAUUCCUCUUGUGAUAGCUGGACGGCGACCUGGUGAUGCGGAAGUAGUUUAUGCAUCAACAAAAAAGGCAGAAACUGAAUUGAACUGGAAGGCAAGAUUUGGCAUCGAAGAAAUGUGUCGGGAUCAAUGGAACUGGGCUAGUAAAAAUCCUUACGGCUAUGAUGGAUCACCAGAAAACAGCAACUGAAAAAAGAAACAAAAACUGAUACUUGUAACCAUAUAUAAUAAGCUUAUUUUUAUUAAUAUUAUUAUUUAACUUAGUGAUCAUUUGUCACCCGUGGUGUGUCCAGCUUUGGCCAUUGUAUGAAAUUAAAGCUUUUGUUGGCAGAUCCUGUGAAAGCUGUGAUAACCAUUGAGGUGUAUAUAUCAUUAUAUAGAAUAAUUUAUAUAUAUAAUAAUAGUCAAAUUAAAGUCCCAUUAUUUCAGCAGCUCUUUUGAUCCAUUUGACUCCAUUACUGCGUUGUAUCUGGUUUAAUUUAUAAGCAACUAAAAGAAUCCAAUCUUUUGCAUGCUA